AUGAUUGGCGAUGUUAUCGCAGCUUCGCCGUCGCAGAGCAACUUCGAUUACAUCAACUUACUGCUCGGGAAACUGGAACAGUUGGCUGCUAUUGGGGACGGAGAGCAAUGGCGAACGUUCUGCAAUGAGUGCGUUAAAGAAAUGGGACCACUCGGGAAACUGCAGGAAAUACAUGUGCGGUUUGCGCUUGAUGCGAUCCGUGUUCAGCUGGAAAACUGGCAUGCAGAAUUCGCACGUGUAUCGAACGAUGCCCAGUUUAUACACAUGACGCAGGAGUUGAACUCCACCGUCAAGGGAUUGAUUCAAUCAUCGCUGACAAGUUCAGUAACACUGAGCAAAAUAAUGCUGCAUAUUGUCACAUUUUUCAUGAAUAUCAGCGAAUGGGACUUUCUGUUACGCUCCUUCUCGAAAUUCAAAAGCCCGUUCUUGGACGUGGCCAAAAUGAUUGGAGCUUAUAUGACAACUACUGAUUCCGCAGUAGCUCGUCAAAUUGCCGAGGGCCCCUGGUGGCAAGUGAUGAGUUCGACCUUUCAAGAUUUUUCUGGCAAGUUAGUGUUAUGCCUUUUUUUAUAA